CAUCCAGCGGAGUCAGCCGGCAUCCAGGAGCAGCUCCGGAGCAUCCUCAUCUGUCGGCAUCGUGUGUGCACUUUCUAUGGCAGCUGCUGCCUGCAGUCUGCACUCUCGGAUUUCACUCUGCCUCAGCCAGCCGUCUGGAAUUGUUGUGGUUGCACUUAUUGGGAUGGUAUCUCUGGGGACCCCGUCAUGCUAAGUCCUUGUCCAUUCUUUUGUAUUUGGGAAUCUAAAGCACUGUUCCUAUAGACAUGGUGGUUGUAGAGCCUCACAGACCUUGCUGGACACUUUGCGAUUGCCUCUGCUCAUUGCUGUUGCCAUCUCUUAUACUCAUCAUAGCCCGGCCAGGGAAACUUGCAGCUUAUCCUACCUCCUUAAGUGACUGCCAAACCCCUACAGGCUGGAACUGUUCUGGUUUCGAUGACAGAGAAAAUGAUCUUUUUCUUUGUGACACCAAUACCUGCAAAUUUGAUGGAGAGUGUUUAAAAAUUGGAGAUACUGUGACAUGCGAUUGUCAGUUCAAGUGCCCCCAUGAUUACAUCCCUGUUUGUGGCUCUAAUGGUGUCACAUACCGAAAUGAAUGCUAUUUAAGAGGUGCUGCCUGCAAACAGCAAAGUGAAAUACUUGUGGUAUCAGAAGGAUCAUGUGUUACAGAAGGAGGAUCUGGGUCUGGUGAUGGAGCGAACGAAGGAUCUGGUGAAACCAGUCAAAAAGAGACAUCUACGUGUGAUAUAUGCCAAUUUGGGGCAGAAUGUGAUGAAGACGCAGAGGAUGUCUGGUGUGUGUGCAACAUUGACUGCUCUCACAUCAGCUUCAAUCCAGUUUGUGCUUCCGAUGGGAAAUCUUACGAUAAUCCAUGUCAAAUCAAAGAGGCAUCAUGCCAGAAACAGGAGAAAAUUGAAGUCAAGUAUUUGGGUCGAUGUCAAGAAAAUAUAACAGCAACUACAAAAUCAGAAGACAGUCACUACGCAAGAACAGAUUAUACAGAGAAUGCAAACAAAUUAGAAGAAUCUGCCAAUAGUAGUCCCUGUUCUGAACAUUAUGAUAAUUACUGUGUACAUGGCAAAUGUGAGCAUCCUGAUAACACACUGAAGCCAUCUUGCAGAUGUGAUGCAGGCUACAGCGGAUCACAAUGUGAAAAGAAAGACUUCAAUGUGUUGUAUGUUGUUCCUGGUCCAGUUCGAUUCCAGUAUGUCUUAAUAGCGGCUGUGAUUGGAACCAUUCAGAUUGCUAUCAUCUGCAUUGUCGUCCUCUGUAUAACAAGAAAAUGUCCAAGAAGCAACAGGAUACACAGACAGAAGCAAAACACCGGACAUUACAGUUCAGAUAAUACAACAAGAGCAUCAACACGGUUAAUUUAAAGCACGCAUGUUUCCACAAUGGCAAAGUUGUGAAAAGAGACCUUGGACUAGAUUAUUAUUAGUCAGAAUAAAGAGACGAGAUCUACACAUGUUGCCUUGCAUUUGUGGUAAUCUACACCAAUGAAAACAUGUACUACAGCUAUAUUUGAAUAUGUAUGGAUAUAUUUGAGAUAGUAUACAUUGUCUUGAUGUUUUCUGUAAUGUAAAUAAACUAUUUAUAUCACAAAA